GAGCAGUGUAUUUAUGCCUGCCCUGCAAGUAGGUGGAAAUAACAGCGAGGCUUUAAAUGGACUUGGAUAUUUUAUGAAGGCAUUCUGCAAAUUAAUUCAACUGGAACAGAAGUUGGUGGACCUGCAUUUUCGUUUGCCGAUGGAUGAGAGGAAACACAUGUUAAUGUUAUCAUGACCCUCAUAUAAGUGGCUCUGCUAGGAUCUGUCUUUAGAGGAGCUCAAGGUGUUAGAACAAGGUGAAAUUGAGUGAGGAACUUGUUGAAACUUAGCAGCUCAGCCAGGAAGUGCAUUGCUUGUAUAACAGGGAAACAACUUCUUGUGACCAUGACAUGGAAAUAAUCGCAUUGGUUUACAACUUGGACUAUUCCCUCCUGAGUUACUUAAAAGAACAACAGUAAGAACGUGGACUUUCCUGGUCAGCCUUUGAAAGAGGACCACUAGAAACAGAUAAUCCUCUUUGAGGAUUGACAUUGACAUUCUCCCACAGUAAAAGUGUGAGCCUCACUCACUUUGUGAACUAUUAGACACUAAGAAGGUACCAAGGCAUCUGCAAUAUGAAUUUGGCUAGAUAUCUCCUCAAGGUGGUUGUAGGUUUGAUCUGGAACUGUUGUGUGGUGGACAGUUUGAGUGAAAACCACGUCCAUUCCAGCUUCAUCUACAGGAGACUGCGGAAUCACGAGAGGAAGGAAAUCCAGAGAGAAAUCCUUUCAAUUCUGGGCUUGCCUCACAGACCUAGACCUUUCUCACCUGGGAAGCAAGCUUCUUCUGCUCCACUCUUCAUGCUUGACCUAUACAAUGUGAUGGCUAAUGAAGAAGAGCAUGGCUUGUUGGGGUACACGUUGAGUGGAUCAGUGAUGGAGAGUAGGGGGCUCAGGAUGGGAUACCCUACUGUGGCUAAUGGGUAUUCACGCAAAGCUCAGUCUUAUCGAAUGGCCCCGUUGACCACACAAAGCCCUCCCUUGGCCAGCUUGCAUGAUGCCAACUUUCUGAACGAUGCAGACAUGGUCAUGAGCUUCGUCAAUCUAGUUGAACGAGACAAGGACUUUUCACACCACCGAAGGCACUACAAAGAAUUCCGAUUUGACCUUACUCAAAUUCCACAUGGAGAAGCGGUAACAGCAGCUGAAUUUCGAAUUUAUAAGGAUAAAAGCAACAAUCGGUUUGGGAAUGACACACUUAAAAUUAGUAUUUAUCAGAUCAUCAAGGAACAUUCAAAUAGGGAUGCAGACCUUUUCCUUCUAGAUACACAGAGAAUUCAAGCAUCUGAUGUUGGCUGGCUUGUGUUUGAUAUUACUGUAACGAGCAACCAUUGGGUGAUUAACCCACAAAACAAUUUGGGAUUGCAGCUGUGUGUGGAGACAAGUGAUGGUCGCAGUGUCAAUGUUAAGUCUGCUGGGCUCAUUGGGAGACAGGGGCCUCAAUCAAAGCAACCUUUUCUUGUUGCAUUUUUCAAAGCAAGUGAAGUACUACUGCGCUCAGUUAGAGCUGCAAACACCAAAAAGAAGAAGCAAGAGAGGAACAAGUCUACUGCACAGCAUGAUUCAUCUAAAAUGCCUGGUAUUGGAGACUUUAAUACAAGUGAACAGAAGCAAGCCUGUAAGAAGCAUGAACUUUAUGUCAGUUUUCGUGACUUGGGUUGGCAGGAUUGGAUCAUUGCACCAGAGGGUUACGCAGCCUUCUAUUGUGAUGGAGAAUGUUCUUUUCCACUAAACGCCCAUAUGAAUGCCACCAACCAUGCCAUAGUACAAACCCUUGUCCACCUGAUGUUUCCAGAACACGUACCCAAGCCAUGCUGUGCACCAACAAAACUUAAUGCCAUCUCUGUUUUGUACUUUGAUGACAGCUCUAAUGUUAUCUUGAAGAAAUAUAGAAAUAUGGUUGUGAGGUCAUGUGGAUGUCAUUAGCAUUAAAGCCAGUGUAAUUUUAACAUAAA